AUUGACAUGCAAGAAGAGACGCGACGACUCUUCCGCCAGCAACAACAAGCUCAAGCUGCUGCUGCUGCUGCUGCUGCUGCUUCGAGUGCCGGGUCGACGGCGGCAAAGCCAGCAAUCGCAGCUGGGCUCAAUGGCGGCCUUGCUUCAGGAGGAGCAACGAGCUCACUGCCGCGUUACGCAGUACAAACAAGCUCUGGAACAUUGUACUGCACGAUCUGCGACAUGUCUGUCAAGAGCGAGCUGCUAUGGCCGGCACAUGCGAACGGGAAAAAGCACAAAGAAGCUAUCGCAUCGGCAAAUCAAGCAACAGCAAGUAGCAAUGCUGCACGAUCGAAGCGACCCGCGGAACAGGAAGCAGACGAGGGUGGGCACGACUCGAAGCGCUCUCGUUCAGCCCUUCCAGCAGACUUUUUCGGCUCUGGAAACGGAGCAAGCCAUGGCACCGAGGAACCUGCCGCUACCAAAACAGCCCUACCAACGGGCUUCUUUGACGAUGCAGAUCGCGAUGCCAAGGCACACAACGAACCGACUGCUGCCGACAAGUUUGAGGCUGAAUGGGCCAGCUUCUCGAAAGCGAUCGCGGAGGAGACCAGCCAAACGCCUGCUACCGACGAGCACCUUCAUGCCGAUGAUGACAACGAGUGGCUGGAGCGGGAACGCGAGCGACUAACGGAGCAAGAGUGGAAUAUGAGGAAAGUGGCGCGAUUUCGGGAUCAGUACCAAUCCCAUGUCCAACGCCUGCAACAGCAGGGCAAGCAAUCCGCCGCAGCACCACCGCAGGCCAUGAGUGUUGACAACGGUGCCACAAACGAGGGCGAUGAAAGCGAUGACGAUGACGAGGCGAAUGACCCCGACGCGGUUCACAAUUGGAGAAUGAAGAGCAGUGUUUGAAAAUUGGCUUUAUCAAGAAAUACAACGUUCAGCGCCA